GAACUGUUAGAGUGGUGCGAUUUAUUAUGAACGUAACCGUAAAUAACACACCUAUGAGUACAAAUGGCAUAUGAGUGGUACAGAAUACACCAAGAGAUGGAAAGGAAAACAAGUAUAUUUCUCAGAUGAAAUUCAUGAUAUGCGUAGUGGUAAACUGUAUCCAAGGGCGUACUAUUUUCAAAAUGGAAGCCGGCGCGGGAGAUUCGGAAAGUGCACCCGCAGAACCGGCGGAAAACAUUUAUGAUUCACAAGAUCUAUGGAGUGAUGAAGAUGACGCCCUACUUGUGGCAUCUUCUGACACUCAUGCUUGUGAAGAAAUCCUUUCCAAAGCAUCAAAAGCUGCUGAGAUCACUAAAGUACCUGACAGUGAACAUGAUGAUCCUCAGACAAGCAGCAGAGACUCUGGAUGCACAGUUCAAGUGAAGAGACUACCUUGGGCUGAACGCAAUCCACUCCAGAAGUUCCGACCAGGCUACUUGUGGGUGUCAGACCUGACAAGACAGCACUGGUGUGAGCAGAUGAUGCUGUAUACCUUCACUGUCCCCACAAUACCUGUAGAGAGCCCUGUCAUGACUGCUGGUAGUAAUCUUCAUCUGGCCAGAGAACUUGCUGUCCAUAGUGUUGUCCAGGUUAAGGUGACCUCUAGCGAGGACAUCUGGGCUACUAAGGUCAUCAACCUAUUCAUGACAAUUCAAGGUUUUCUCAAUGGGAUUAAUGUAGCCCGAGAAAUUCCAAUUUUCGGUGCUCCAUUUGACAAGGAUGUGUUCAUCGUUGGACUCAUAGAUGAACUGAGAUUUGACCCAGAUUCAUACACCAUUGAUCUCCUUGAACUCAAGACGAGGAGUGUGAGGUCAUGUCCUAAGAUAGCCCAACAGAAUCAGAACAAGCUGCAAGUUAUGCUGUACAAGAAACUGUUUGAUGAUUUAGUCAAAGGCAGAGUUUCAAAAGAAACUGUUGCCAAACAUUUAAGAUUAGACCUUGAGAAACCUUUUGGGGAAGACAUCAUGGGUCAUCUUGAUUCCAAAUUUUUAACCGCUAAAAAUUUAAAUGAACUUUUGGAUUUUGUUUUCAUACGAAUUCAGUCAUUAACAUGUAUUAGCCAAUUAAGUAUCGAGUAUGUGCUCCAAGACACUAAUGAAAGCUUGUCUCAGAAUCCAGUAGAGUAUGAUGACAAUGAGCUGAAAGCAACAUUUGAACAUUUGUUGCAAUUCUGGCAAGGACAACGGGAGGUUGAAGGUGUCGAGAUUGAGGAUUCGUGGAAGUGUCAGCGAUGUGACUUUGCUGAUGUGUGUGAGUGGAGGGAGCGGAAAGCCCAGGAACAUUCACACAAGAACACAGCUAAGGCAAAACUUAGGAAAAAAAUGCAAGUGUCAGUAGAAAAUAAUCUUUUAUAGUCACUUUCUACUUCCAAGUGGAGAACUGGUAGCCCAGUAGUCGAAAUUGUCUCCCUUACAUAAGCCAGGAUCCACAGGUCCUAGGUUAUGAUAUUUUGUUUGCCAGCACCAUACAGAGCUACAGAUAAGCUGCUUAUUUGCGUAAAAUACUCCCCAAAAAUAUUCAAAACCCAAUUACUUUCAAUCAUCUUGCGUAUAAAAACGUGUGCAUUAAAUGAAAAACUCCAACAUGUAAAAACAGCAAGCAUAAAUACCCAAUGAAGCUUUUGUAUCAUGCAUACAAUGGAUCAAAUUUCCGAAAAACAAUUAUGAGCUAAUUUACUUUCUGAGUCAAGCCUAUAUAUUUAGAACAGUUACAUACAUCUAAAACAUUAUUAUUAUUUUUAAAAUCUUAAAAUGUUCACUAAUUUGGGGAAAAACCCAAU